GGCGUCUCGGAAUGUGGCUGGGAAAACAAUAAAAACAGGGCAGCCGGCUUUUCCUUCUCUUCGGCUCGCUCUCCCUCUCCCCGGUUCGGUUCGGUUCGAGUCUACUCGGCUCGGCUCGGCUCGGCGGUCGUGUCCUCGGUGCAGUCCGGAGACAUGGCGAGUGCAGCAGACACCAAGCUCUAUGACAUUCUCGGUGUUUCUCCUUCGGCUUCCGAGAACGAGCUGAAGAAGGCGUAUCGCAAACUGGCAAAGGAAUAUCACCCUGAUAAGAAUCCUAAUGCAGGAGACAAGUUUAAGGAGAUCAGCUUUGCGUACGAGGUGUUGACUAACCCUGAGAAGAAGGAACUGUAUGACCGGUAUGGGGAGCAGGGCCUGCGUGAGGGAGGAGGAGGAGGAGCUGGGAUGGAGGACAUCUUCUCCCACAUCUUUGGUGGAGGUCUGUUCGGUUUCAUGGGAGGUCAGAGCAGCAGGAACCGGAACGGGGGACGGAGAAAGGGGGAGGACAUGGUGCAUCCACUCAAGGUGUCGUUAGAAGAUCUCUACAAUGGCAAGACCACCAAGCUGCAGCUGAGCAAGAACGUCCUGUGUAGCUCCUGCAACGGUCAGGGAGGUAAGACUGGUGCGGUGCAGAAGUGUACUGCCUGCAGAGGGAGAGGGAUGAGAAUCAUGAUCAGACAGCUGGCUCCUGGUAUGGUCCAGCAGAUGCAGACAGUGUGUAAUGACUGUAGCGGAGAAGGUGAGGUGAUCAGCGAGAGAGACAGGUGUAAACAAUGUGAGGGGCGUAAGGUGUGUAAGGAGGUGAAGACGUUGGAGGUGCACGUGGACAAGGGAAUGAAACACGGGCAGAAGAUCACGUUCACUGGAGAAGCUGAUCAGUCUCCCAACACCGAUCCUGGAGAUAUCAUACUGGUCCUGCAGGAGAAAGAACAUGAGGAGUUCCGUAGAGAUGGUAAUGACCUGCACAUCUGCAAGACAAUCGGCCUGGUGGAGGCGCUGUGUGGCUUCCAGCUCACUCUCGCGCACCUUGACGGGCGACACCUUCUCAUCAAAUACCCUGCUGGAAAGGUCAUCGAGCCAGGUGCGGUGAGGGUGGUGCGUGGAGAAGGCAUGCCUCAGUACAGGAACCCUUUUGAGAAAGGAGAUCUGUACAUCAAGUUUGACGUUCGGUUCCCGGAUAACGGCUGGAUCAGCACUGAGAAGCUCACGGAACUGGAGUAUUUGUUACCGUCACGUGACGAGGACACGGUCAUCGUGGCCGACACGGAGGAGGUGGACCUACAAGAGUUCGACAUGAGCCAAGGGUCAUCUGGAGGUCAACGGCGCGAGGCGUAUAACGACAGCUCAGACGAGGAGGGCGGUCCACAUGGGCCAGGGGUGCAGUGCGCCCACCAAUAACGUGUCUCACAUACACACACUCUUAUAUAUACACACACACACACACACACACACACACACACACACACACACAUCAGUAUCACACCUUGAACAAACCCUUUGACUCCGCCCCAGACCCGCCCACCCUCACCCGUCUGUAUUACGAAGCCUGAUUGCGCAGCUACGAAGUAUUGUUAAAUAUACACGGCUGUUUAUUUCCCCCUCGUGUUACAAUCGACACGUGACUUCGGAACAACUGUACAUUUUAAACCCGGAACUCCGGAUUUUUCAGGGUGGGAUUUAUCUUUUGCACGUUUGUUGUUCGUUAUCGUUAAGCUAGCUAGAGAACCGCGGAGUCGCAUUAGAGUUUUAACAAAGGAACGUUUCUGAUUGAUCUUAAAUGAAUACUUUGUGCAGAUGUGUUUUUCCACCGACGCUGCGAGGGGUCACUUCAAUUCUACGCCAUUUUCUGAACUUGGUAGUUUAAUAGACUUUUUCCGUUUCGAGUUCCUGGUUAAGAAUCCGUCUGGAAUUUUAAGGGGAACGUUUGGACGACGGUCAGAAAUUCUGAGUUACUAACUUAAGUGCAGCGAAAGUGUCCUGCUGGAAGCCCCGCCCACUUUUCUGUCCAUCCAUACCUUUAUUAGUACCACCUCACCUCGCCUCGAUUUCACUGCAUGUACGGUGCGCUGAUGUGGAUUCUUCUCUUUAUUUUCUCUUCUCCUUCUCUUCCUCACCUCCCUCAUCGAUCUCUCCUCUCUUGUUAUUCUUCCCUUUACUUUCUAUUUCUCUUCUCGCCCUCCUUUUUUCUCUCUUCUCUUCCUUUACAUCUUCCUCUUUCCUCCCCUCGUACUGUAAAGCUGCUGAAUGCACACAUGACUCGUUCACAUCGUCUCAGACUGGAAUGUCAGACUCUCGUAUCUUCAGAAACACACACACACACACACACACACACACACGUCUAUUCAAACGAACAACGAGAAGCAAAGGAUAGAAAAGAAGUGUAGAAGGGUUGUUUUUAAUUCCUUACCACCAUCAUUGUCAUUGUAGACUUUUAUAUACUGUACACACCACUGAAAAGCAAUUGUGUAUAGGAUUUAACUUAUAAACACACACACACACACACACACACACACCUGAUACAGUGCAGAAUAGAGACGAGGACAUCGUGGGGAAAAGUUCAAUAAAACAUUUGUGUCUAAAACACA